AUGAUAUUCUCUUUGAACGAGCUAGUACACUGGUUGGGUAUAACAAUUUUUGAAAUAUGGGUAAAUUUAGUUUCACUAACAAUCUUUACAAUGUUACUUGCCCUUAAACUAGAUGACAAUUACUUGUUAGGUAAUGCAGGAUGGUGGACAGUUUUUUCACCACUUUUUGUCGCAGAUGGGUUAAACACUUAUUUUUGUGCAAUUAUUUUUAUAAGAAUGCGCAUGGAGGGAAUAAUUAAAGCUGCUAUUUUAAGAGCACUAAGGAGCCUUAUAUUAUUGCUAUUGAUAUUUGUUUUCAAAUAUCUCCUAUGUAAAAAACUAACAGGACAAAGCACUUUGGAAUACUCAGAAAUGAUGAGUCCCAUAUUCAUCCUCUUGCAAUUAAUCGCAGUCAGAGCAUGUCAACUUCAUUGAUUACUAUAAACUACCACACAUAUGUAUAAGUUACAGUAACUGUGGCAAACACAACAGAAAUAUUGAGCAAAACCAUGCCACGAAAUUGCUUUUACUUCUUUGCGCUUAUUAUGCAUUACUUUACUGUUCCCAUUAAGUUUGCAUUACGCAUAAUAUCUUUGGAAUGUGUGAUAAAGCAUUUAAAAAUAUGAUUAAAGUACAAA